AAAAAUUCAUUUUUCUUGCUACGAAACAAAUCAGACAACCUGUCUUGUCCUGUGGUUGGAAGUUUUUGAAGCGAACGAAACGACAGCGAUUCUUUCACUUUUCGAGGGACAAUUUUCGGUCUCGAAGAGCCGCAAAUUCCCUACUCUUGAUCGACGUUUCCGAACCGUAGACGUUCGAAAAAUGGAAAAAACAAACAAGACGGAUGGUCGUCCGCAGAGAGAGCAAUUUGAUCGACGCUCUCGUCGGUUCGGAGGAUCGGAUUCCAGAAAGCCCCGUUUCGGAUUCGGAUUCGGCAGCACCGGUAGCCUCCGUCAAUAUGGCCACGCAGUCCGAGUCCGGCGGUGCAGGCUGAUAUAAGCUCGGUACGGUUACGUGUAUUGUUGCACACAAAGAUGUUGCCUUGAUCCCGAGGGGAGACAACAAUCGAACGCGCAACAAUUCGAAGUAAAACUGUGGAAACGCAAGGAGGUUGGUUGUAAAAAAAAAACUUCCGGGAGCGCGAGGAGCUCUUGAGGGAGAGAAGUUCCAGUGAUGAUAAACGAAAUGACAGACGAAGAUGCGGUUCAAGCGACAAACGACGACGCGAGCGAGUGUAAAAGGUGCGCCGUGCAGCUUGGUUAUUGGACGGACCCGUUCAUACCGCUAUUUGUUAAACAAACGAACAGAAAAGCACCCGAAAUAAAUCGCGGAUAUUACGCAAGGGUUAAGGGCAUCGAGGUCUUCAUUGACAAAUUCCUCAAGAUGUCUGGCGAAAAAAGUCAAAUAAUAAAUCUUGGUUCCGGUUUCGAUACUCUAUAUUGGAGACUGAGAGACGCAGGAAACAGUCCCCAGAAUUUCGUAGAAUUGGAUUUUCCAAGUGUUACCGCAAGAAAAUGCUACCACAUCAAAAGGCACAAGCAACUCAUAGACAGACUCAAUACCGAAGAUGGAGAGAUAAGUUUUUCAGCGACAGACUUACACGCAGCGAAUUACCAUCUGAUGGGAAUAGAUUUGAGGAACAUAUCAGAGCUCGAAACGAAGCUAUCUCAAGCCGAAGUGAACUUCAACUUGCCUACGCUGUUCCUUGCCGAGUGCGUCCUGGUCUAUGUAGACUCAAACGCGACAUCGACGCUGCUCCAGUGGAUUGCGGGGAAGUUUAGUAAUGGCUUGUUCGUUAAUUACGAACAGGUCAAUAUGAAGGACAAAUUUGGAGAAGUCAUGCUCUCUAAUUUGCGUGGACGUGGCUGUCUCUUAGCUGGUGUCGAGGACUGCGAAAGCUUGGAAACUCAACAGAGAAGGUUCACGCUAAAUGGUUGGGAGGGUUCAAAUGCAUGGACCAUGGUCGAGGUCUACGAUUCCCUGUCAUCGUCUGAGCGAACGAGGAUCGAGCAGAUAGAAAUGUUAGACGAACGAGAACUCCUGACACAACUACUGCAGCACUAUUGCAUCGCGGUUGCAUGGAACGGCCAGGUCUUAAAAAAUAUAUCCAUAGCGCAGGGCUAGUUGUAGGCGCAAGUUUUUGGAUCCCUUAGUCACAAUGACUCGAAGAGAAAAAUGUUACUCCAGGUAAUAUUAUGUAUUUUAGUAUUCUACUGUAAGACACUGUAAUCGUGUAUAUAUACCGUGAAUAAUGUUAUAUCAAGAAUACAAACAGUGGUUAUAAAAAUUUAAGAAUGGCGAUAAAAGCAGCGGAGCUAUAGUUUCGUCCUGCGAUGAAUUUAUCUAGACAAUCCUUUGAUUUCAAGGGUUUUCUAAACUAGGGGCGUUCUAUUUAUUUUUUGAAUAGCUAUCGCGACAAUUCAACAAUUCAAUUCAAAUAUCAAUUCUGGCGUAAUGAUUUUUCUAGUGAAAUUCGCCAUUCUUCGACUAUCCACCUCUGUGUAAUUUCUAUGUGUAUAAAAUACCGCCAAGCGGGUCGAUUCAAAUUUUAGCGUUUUAAAAAUUAUUCAUGCGAACAAUUAUUGCGAACCCAAGCUUAUCUUUAGAUCUUACAUUGAAAUCCACGUGGAUAUAAAAGUUCAGAGAUUUAAUUUUAGGAAUUAUUACAUUAAGUCGUUGAGAUAUUGCUGGUGAAAUAUCGUAAGUGGGUGAUUAUUGGUGCACCGAUAUUAGUCUUUACACUUUUAUUUUUUUUUAAUUUUCCAAUAAUAUUAACUUGAUUAAUUCUAGUGUCGGAUACGUGCUAGCUAGUCAGCGUUUGAAUCUUAACUAAUUAUUGUACACGUAUUAUACUUAUAACCUACUCUGUCAUACCAUUUAAAAAAAAAAUGGAGAGAGAGAGAGAGAGAGAGAAGAAGAAGAAAGAGAUGAAUUAAUUUAUCGGGAUAUAAUGUAAUCGUCAGAGAUUACUGUUAUUUUAUUUAAAACAGACACAGUACAUGAAAUUAAAAAGAUGGUGAUUUUGGUAAUUUAGCGCGUCUUUACUGUCUUCUUUUGGAUUGGUUCUUUUACAUUCUUUGAAGGGUAAAAGAUUCACGCCUAAAGUGAAAAUUUUUUCGGUUCAUGUUCAUACCGCAUGUUCUGAUCUUUUUGCAUAUUGUUUUAGUGUAAACUGUAUGAGUAUUUGAUAUGUGUUUUGGUCAUAGUAAUAACGACGUACGUUGGGAAAGUAACAAUAGUAAUAUAAUGAAUGUAUUGUAUACAUACCUAUGUCUGUGUCUUCGAUAUCACAAAAAAAUAAUUUUCCUAUUCGCAUAAGACGAGUACUAAUGCGUGCGAUGAAAACUUUUGGAAUUAUGACACCAGUCACAAUUAUAGAUACACCAGGCACGAACCAAAAAGUGGCUGUCGCAGAUUUCUUCUAAUAGUGUAAACUUGUGAGAAAUUUAAGUUAUAAUUCGAUGCUUCAAUAGAUGUUUGUUCGGUGAAUCCUUUGGAUCAAAAAUUGAAGUACGAUGAACUGAGAAAUCACAGACUGGAAACCAAUGGAUAUUAAUUUUUCAAGAUCGGCUGUACUAGUAGAUAGGCACGAGCCAAAGUUAGAAGAAACUUACAAUUAGUGUUUUAACCUAAAGGCAUCUAAAUAAUUCUGCCGAUCUUAGCAAUUACGUUAUUCUGGCUUAUGAUCGAGAGAAUUUCGAUCAGUGCACGUUACGGCUUUGCUUUCAUUCCUGAGCAGAAGAUAUUCUGCGCGUUUUUCUUCUUCGCGAGCGGAAAACAAUACCGGCCAAAACUUACAAUUAUGUCAAUUCAUACGCCAGCCAAUGACACGCUGUAUACAGAGUUGCCAAACGGACGGUUUACCAGAUAUAUUGCGUCCAUGAAACGCGGCCCGUUCGAGAUUGAAGGAAUUUAGAAUCCCCAGAAUCAAGAUAGAUGGUGAAUCGUAAGAAAUGUUGUGAAAAUUGACGAUCACUUACCGUAACAUAAAUUGUCGAGUCAAUAAAAUAGCGCGUAUCAUCAGUAUUUUCGUGGGAAGCUUUCGCGGAGAAUAAGUUAUCUAAAUGUAUUUUCAUGUUCAGGGCAAUCAGGGUUGUGAAUGUAGUCAAAGAUGGAAACUAGUAUUUUAUGCUGUCAUUGAAUUUGAAAAUAUUUUUCUUCGAUAUAACAUAAAAAAAACAAAAAAAAAAACGUCGAAACUUGAGCUUAGGGUUACACACCUAUGUUAUGUGAUAGUCAUUAAUAUAAUAAAUGAACGAGAUUAGUUUUCACGAGUAACAAUCGGCAGUGGUUUAAGUCUUGCUAAUUACGAAAAACGAACUUACAGCGUUUGCCGACUGCCAGUUUUCGUAGCACAAUUGAUUAUAUACUGAUUUUAGAUAUUUCGAAGGCAACGUAGAAGAGAUAGUUUUUUUCGAGCGACAAAUAUGAUUAGAGACAGUGAUAUUCGUAUUGUAGGUAAGUUGACUCAUCGGUAGGUCAACUAUAAGCCUGUGUCAGAACCACAAGUAGCCAAGAAUAAUUUAAAAGAAAUAGAAAAAAAGAAAACAGAAAUCAGUGUAACAUACCUGGAGUAACAACAAAAAGAAUAAGGCUAGUAUGUAUUGUCGAUGAUGAAAUGUUAUAUUUUUCAUUAAAUUUGUGGAUUGUAACUAUAACUAUUAUAUCGCCAUUAUCGAU